UCAAUUUGAAAAAUCUGUUUUUCUGUUUUUGUUUUUGUUCAAUAAAAUUGAAUUUUUUGAUUUUUCAUUAUGUUAUUUAAAUCUUUGUAUUUUAUUAGAUGCCAAAUUUCAAAUAAUUUAAGGCUGCCAUGCAGUUUACAGCAACAAUUUUUUCAUACUGCAAAACCGUUGGCUCAUAAGUGGAGUUUAAGUGAAUAUCGUAAAGGAGCUCCUAGACGGGAUGAUGGAACAGCAGGGCUACCAGUGGACUUUUAUGGAGAAAAAGUGAUCGACUAUCCAUCCGUUGAUACUCCAACUACUUUGUUCAACGGAAUCCCAUAUGAGUCACUUCCACGACUGUCCAUAACUUGUACUAAAAACAAUACCAAGCUGUCUUUAUGGGACUCCAAAAACACUCCUAUGGGUAAAAAGUCUUGUUAUACUGAAGGUUUUAAAGGAUCUAAGAAAGGAACCACAGUUGCCGCUCAAGCUGCAGCAUUGGCUAUGUGCAAGUUGCUCAAGUUAUUGGACACUACCACUGUAAAGGUCAUUAUGAGAGGCCUUGGACCUGGGCGAAUGCCUUCAAUACAAGUCCUGGAAAAACAAGGCAUCAAUGUAGUUUCCAUAACAGAUACCACUGACUAUGUUGUUACUAAAACAGCUAGGCCAAAGAAAGCUCGGAGAACAUAGGCUGAAAUGGACUGCAUUUCGUCAUCUUAACUGGUGGCCAAUUUUGUUAUACUAGUUUCGAAGUAGAAUUAAAGUUUAUUAUCUUCUGAUGGACUAUA